CGCGAGGCGGCCACGUAUCGCCGCACCAACUCCGCAUCACUCACGAUCACGUUAACGGCAAACGACAGAACAACAUGUGAGAUUGACGCACGAAAAAUCAUAGAGUAAAAUUUUCGGCACGUCAAAACUUUCGCUUUGAGUGGAUCGUGUUUCUAUGUGAUUUUCAGCUCACACGUACGCUGUUGGGAAAUGUCACUAGUAUCAGUUACCUUCCUUAUGUGAUGUAGAUUCAAACCAAUACCAGUGUUCAGUUAGAGUUACAAUAACCACAAGUGAAUACGAUACGGAAACAGUACGAAAGUGACACGAGGUGUUGGGCAACUAACGCGGUUUUGAAAAAGACGUGUGUGCGUGAGCGCCGCUUCGAAAGUGUACUUUUAUCCUGAAAGUGUACUUGUGCAACUUUUUGCCGGUUCGUUUGAUUAUUUGGACAGAUCGUGUGACUCCGCAAACAUCGGAUCGUUUGCGGUUCGCAACCCGACACGCGUGGAUGGCGCAACACUAGAACGAACCAUGCGAGAAAUGUCGUACCAACGAAAUUCGCGAGUGAAUCGAACAGUUUAGCGCGCUGCCAGCGAGGGAGAGAGCGAGAUUAGAUAGAAAUAGCGACAAUAGUGUGGGGAAAGCGAUGUGUUGAGCAGUGACGGCGUCAAGCCGUUUGAAAUGGGCGCGGCGCGCCAUGUUUCCGCGUGCGCGCCCCUUGAGGCUGCUUAUAGCGGCGCUGGCGCUAGCUUCGUGUGCCGCGGCUCCUGCUCCGGAGCCGAGGGCUCAGCGGUCGGCGAACUUAAGCCAUAUUACAGGCACCUCGCGGAGAAUACAGAUGUUCCUCAAGAAUCGCUAUCUGCAGUUAUGGCCAGAUGGCACAGUCAACGGCACCACAGACGGCAACAGCGAGCACACGAUACUUCAGCGUGCGACGUACAGGGUCGGCCUCCUGACGAUCCAGGGGGUGUACACCUGCCUCUACCUCUGCAUGGAUGCUUGCGGGUUUCAGUACGCACAUAAGGAUCUCUCGGACGACUGUCUGUUUGAGGAACAUUUAGAAGAGAAUAAUUACAACACGUAUUCGCGGAUACGAAACGGGAAGAAGACGUUUUUGGCGUUAGACAACCGGGGCCGGGCGAGGCGGACGCAGAUACCGGUCGCCAGGCAGCUCGGCAACCUGUCCACAUACGCCCUGACCCUCACCAAACGAUGGGAAGGACACGGACACAAGCAAACGCAGUGCCCGCCGCGGCGACACAAAGGCAAGAUCAAAAGGCCCCCACCAAGACACAGAAAUUGCAUGUACAGGAUACAGAAGCAAAACCUGAGGCACAAGCGGAAGCACAAGAAGGCUAACAAUGCCAAAAAGAAGAGGCAUCCGAAGGCGCGGAGAAAACAAGAGAACGGGACGACGACUACGACGGAGGUGUACUGGGACGAGUCGACGAUGUCGACCAUGUCGACGACGGACGUCGAGUUUUUUCGUUCGGGGACCGCGCAGGAGGCGGUCGCUCCGUCGUGAGUGGAUCCCUGGUCGCGGUCUCGGCAGCCGUUGCGCUCGCGCACUAAUACGGUUCCACACUUACACGUGUAAAGAAUCUCUAUAUCAUUCCUGCAAUGUGCGCUGCACUUGCCCUCAGCGACGAUGUUGCAUUGCUCUCUUAGCAUCACAUUCGAAAUAUCGAAUGGCUUAGUUUCUUCUCGGUUUAUGAACCCCUAGUAUCUCCUUGUAGUAAUAAUACUUUAAUACUCAAUCGUCGAGUCAAAACAAUGAACAAAUCUACGGCAUUACAGCCAACAAUAAGAAAUGAUAUUAUUCUACCAAAGCUACUGAAAUUAUCUAUCUCAAUUUAUAUUCCUAGUUCGCUUUAAAACUUAGGUUAUUGGCAAGAUUCCAAUUGUCUUAGUUACUGUUACUUAUCAUGAAAUUAUUAAUGUAGAUGAUAAUUAUGCGAUUAUUAACAAGUUGUUUUGUUAAAGAUUUGUGAUUAUCGUUUGGUAAGGUGGAACAGUGUUAGGUAGAUUAUAUACCUGUUUGUGAUGAUCUAAUAUGCAUAUACCGUUGUUUUCUAUGUUAUUAUCAAAAAAUAUUUCCAAUGGAUUGUCAUAGUGAACAGAUUAUUUCGUAUCGCCCAAAUCCAUUUGUUGGUUGGCUUCUAAGAUUUCUAUUUAAUUACGUUUAAGUGAUUUGUUAAUGGACUUGAUACGAGACAUCUCGGUUCCGUUACAGAAAGCAUUUAUCGUCCCAAAAAAUCUUAAACGAUCGUAAUUUUCCACAUUUACAAAGUGCUCUCCCAAAAGCAUAUUCAAAUUAAGAAAUUAUCACUUUAAUUCCUUUGGCAGCCAGCCGCGUAGUGAACACGGAUAUAAAAACGAAAAUUAGUUUUACUUAUUUUAUAGUCCUCGUACUUAUUUGCAUAUGAAUGCGUUGGAUUGUCACAAUCAGGGUCUAGAGAAGCUUUUGUACUUAGAUUGGAUGUGUCGAGGUGUAAUUUCGUAAGAAAUUGACUGAAAAUUGGACUGAGUAAUGUAGUUAAUGUUGGUUUCGGUCUAGAGUCUAGACUAUGAUAAGGUAAAGACUAGCGCGGCGUAACGGCUUGCUUCUGUUAUCGGUGAGUUAUGAGAUGUCGGUAGCGAGCGGCCAAGUGUACAUUUUGGAAGCAAUAACUCCGAAUAUUAACGAAAUUCCUUCGUAUCUAAACCAGUUCAUACUGGAUUAUUACAAGAAAUUAUGACAAGACAACAUAAUAAUUGCGCAAGAUUUGACUGCUUGCACCGGCGUCUAACAUAAUUGAUGUAGUGAUAAAAAAUAACAGCGGAGAUGUGACUACUAGUGUGUAGGCCUAAAACGUGUAUCUAAUUUGUAAAUUUAUUUAUUUUCCAUAGAGAAAGUGUAUUUUGUUAACGUUUUAGUUGAUGUUUUUUUAUUCUCUUUUCCCUGUAGUUCCAACCGAAUGUAGAUAUGUAGGAUUUCAUACGCUUGUUACUUUUAGUGAGCCAAUUAAUUUGUAUUAUAUUUUAGUCCGUUCGGUAACAAUAUGUGCAGAUGCUAUGUGUAUAGUGUGUAUGACAUGCGAAUAUUGUGAUUGGGUGGAUGUCCGAUUAUCUUCUAAUUUUCGAUGUCCCUCGCAAUGUACGUAAAUUUUGGGGCUGAAAUAUCUUGAGUGUAAUCAUCAGCGGAUUGAAAGCGAAUAAAAUAAUGUGUGUUCUAUUUGUUAAUUUAAUUCUAUAUAUAUUUGUAAUACGAAAUAAUUACUUCAUUAAAUUAUUGUUAUUUAAAGUCGUAAUAUGCCAAGGUCCAUUUGAACCUUGUAAAUUUUCUUUUUUUGUAAAUUACAAGUUUAAUAAUGGUGACAUUAUGUCUAUUUUUUAACAAUUACUGAUGAAUUAUUUCACUAAAUCGCUGAUGAUACACUCAGAAAAAAAUAUAAUCAGCAAGCUUUAUGAAUGCAUCUACGUAUGAUGGGAGAAUGAACUCUGAAUUUAUUUAUGUAUGAACAUAGUCACGAAAGCGACUCAAAAUCGCGACUCGUCUCAGCAUUUAUGCAUUUUAAUUAAAAUCGAAUAUUUUUCAUGAACUUGGCGCUCACACCGUCAUUCAUGCUCCCCUUUUGAGCGUAGAUUUUUUGUCACUUUCGUUAUAAUAAAUUAUUCGGAACACGAAUAUAUUUAAUACUUGACUCGUUAUUGUAUGCUAAAUUAAUACUAAUCGAUCUUUAUGAUAGAGUAAAGCAGUAUUUCUGGUAUUGUAAAAAAUGGUUCUCCGAUAAACAGUAUCUAGUUUUGUAGUUUUUAUAUUGAAUAGGAAUUUUAAGAGACAGGCCACUGAUUGUUCCGACACAGAUUUACUUGUACGACAUGCUUUGAUGAGACGCAGAAAUUACAAUGUCACAUAUUCUCAAAAAAAAAAAAUAAGCCGUCAAAUAAAACAGGGUGA